AAGCCCAGCUUGGUCAGCGGAAGCCCCCGUGUGGGUCCCGUGUGCAGAGAGAAGAGGGCCGGACUGCCCCGGAGCCCGCUCGUCCGCGCCGCAGCCUCCCCGGGGCCUGGGAACGAGACCAAGGGCCAUGGCCGAGGCGGCCUCUACCCCGUCUCAGGAAUGGGACACCAGCAUACAACACCCAGCACCUCCAGCAUCUCCUACAGUCCCUCAGCGAGAAGCCCAGAUCCAGUCAGCUGAGAUCUCACUGCUGGCUAUCCUGGCUUCCAUUCAGGCUGUGGAGCAGAAGGUAGAGUCCCAGGCUGCCCGCCUGCAGACCCUAGAGGGGCGGACAGGCACAGCAGAGAAGAAGUUGGUUGAUUGUGAAAAGACAGCAGUGGAGUUUGGGAACCAGCUAGAGGGCAAAUGGGCUGUGCUGGGUACCCUGCUCCAGGAGUAUGGGUUACUCCAGAGGAGACUGGAAAACAUGGAGAACCUGCUGAGAAACAGGAACUUCUGGAUCCUUCGGCUUCCCCCAGGCAGCAAGGGCGAGGUCCCCAAGGUACCUGUGAUUAUUGAAGAUGUGGCUGUGUAUUUCUCAGAGCAGGAGUGGGGGAACCUGGAUGAGUGGCAGAAGGAGCUCUACAAACAUGUGAUGAGAGGAAACUAUGAAACAUUGGUAUCCUUGGAUUAUGCCAUCUCCAAGCCAGAUCUCUUAUCCCGAAUUGAACAAGGGGAGGAGCCAUGUGGCCAAGAGCUCUCAAACACAGAGGAAAGAGAGAACCCAGUCCAUCCCAGUGCUGAAACAAGUACACUGGUUUCUUCUCAAGAUGUACUUCCCUGGAUUAAGCAAGAAGGAGGAUGUGGGAGGAAUCAGCAGAGUCUGCAAGAGAGUGAGAUCUCCACCGACCUCUGCACAGCAGAGGACUGGCUGGUCAGUAAAGAGAAAGAAAAGAGCCAGGAGAAGGGGUCCAAGGACCUGGAGCCAAGUUGGGUUCUGCAGGGCCGAGACAAGGAGAGCCUUCAUCAAGCCCCAGAUCUGGGCUUAGGAGGGGGGUCUUGUGAGAACCCCUGCAGUUCAUCCCUCCUGAGAGGUCCAGCUGGCAAAUCUGCCCCAUGGGAGCGAGACUUCAGUGUCCUUCCUCCUAGUCCCUACUGUCAAGAUGUUCCAGCAUCGGUUUCGGUGGAAAGGCCUUAUCCCUGUGCUGAAUGUGGCCAGAGCUUCAGCCGGAAAGAGCACCGCACCCAGCACCAGCAAGCUCUCCAUAGCCCUCGUCCUUUUGCCUGUCCCCAGUGCCCCAAGAGCUUUGCCCAACAAGCCACCCUCACCAGUCACUACCGCAUACACACAGGUGAACGAGCCUAUACCUGUGCCCAGUGUGGGAAAAGUUUCAUCCACCAGUCUACUCUUACUACACACUACCGUACCCACACUGGUGAGAAACCGUAUCCCUGUGCAGAAUGUGAGAAGCGUUUCAGCCGAUUGUCGACCCUUUUGGAGCAUCGGCGGACCCACACUGGUGAAAAGCCUUACCAGUGCACUGAAUGUGAACGUCGCUUUAGCCGCUUAUCCACGCUGGUGGAGCAUCGACGGACCCACACUGGUGAAAAGCCCUAUCAGUGUGCUGAGUGUGAAAAGCGUUUUACUAGGCUGGCUAACCUGACGGUACACCAGAACACCCACUCUGGCGAGCGCACCUACAAGUGUGCCCAAUGUGGUAAACGUUUUGCGCAGAAACCCAGUUUCUUGCGCCAUCUGCGCAGUCACACACAAGAGAAGCUUUACCCAUGUGGGCAGUGUGGCAAGAGCUUCAUUUGCCGCUCCUGGCUGGUUCGGCACCAGGGCAGCCAUGUUGGUGAGCUGCCUCAUCCCUGUACUGAAUGUGAGAGGGGCUGCCCACCAUCUAAAGACCCUCCUGCUGGCCCCCUUGGAGGUGGAGGCCAGGAGAGACUGCCCACUCCUGAAAGCCUCUUGGGAAAGCAUGAUGGAGAAGGUGCUAGGACUGGGCAAGACCAAAAGGGGCGCCGAGGGGCCAGAGAACAAGGGAGUAGUGCCCAAGUGAACCUUGGGGAACCAUUGCACAACCCACAUUCGUAUGUGAAGAUGGAGAAUGUGGGCUAGCAUCCUUGGGAAAACCCUGCCCAGGGCCGCGGGCCAGGUAGGGGUAACUCACUCUCUUCUGGAGAAUUGAAAGCUCCCUCUCAUUGGAAGGGAACUAUGGGGCACGGACAUAGCAUCUCUGGGCAUGAACAACCACAUUUUCUCAGGAAGGAAAACUCAUGAUGAGGGGUGGGAUGAAGCACUUGAGCAGGAGAUGCACUCCUCCCGGUUGAGCUUUCGUUGUACUCUGGACUGACCGAGCUGACUGCAGUGACACCAGGGGAGUAGAUCCUGGAUGGGGGCACGGGAAGGGAAUACGGGCUUUACUCUCCUCACUGUUCUGGGGAGGGAAGCUCGAGCCUGUGGCUGCUGACUCUUUCCUUUGAAGCCCUGAGUUUUUAAGGGAAGGAAACUUUUACUAUGCAGAUUCUGAAGCACUUCCUCAGAGUGGAUUGCAGGUUUCCCAGUGACAGGUAUUCUAGUUUUACUGGUCCCUAUCAUCUCAUUUUAAAAUGACCCCUUCGGGGACCAGUGUUAUUCCUUUGUACCUCUGUACCCUUCACUGAUCCCUGUCUUGCCAUGAAGGCAAGGGCUGGAGGAUUCUCUUAGCUCUGCCCUCACUUAGAUGUGUGUAGAUGGGCAGUGGUUGCCAGACCUCUCUAGAGGAAUUAACUAAUGCUUCCUGUGCCACCUAGCUCAGACAACAUAAGGACGCAUGGGCUUGGUAUUGGCACGUGCUUGAUUUGCCUUCCAGCUCCCUCCUCUAUAAAACAAGAGAUUGUACUAGAUGACCUCUAGGUUCCCUUCCAGUUCUGAAUCUGUGAUCCUGAGAACUGUUCCUGAAAGUAUUCCUGUCACAUUUGCACUAGGUAGUGCCCCUGGGUACUCACAGGCCUCCUCUGAAGGUAUUUGAAGCUUCACUAAGGAUGAGCUUUACCUAGCACAGAUUUCUGAUUUUGAGGUAAUUAUGAUGUAGCUGCAGAUGGGUCUGGAGCUCAUACCACAUUUACACCUGGUUCUGUUUUUUUUUUGUUUGUUAGUUGUUGGUUUUUUUUUUUUGCCUCAGCUGUAUUUGAGAUGUCUAAACUUUAAUAAAGCCCAGUGUCUGGAUUUUUCAUUUUGGGUUUUUUUUUUUUUACCUGUUCUAAAAUAGCCUAGUUCUUCUUGCAUCCAUGUGACCUCAAGCAUAAUGUCCUCAUUCUUGGCUCUUAAGUUACUCCCUCCAAGGGCUGGAAAUGAAAUUCUCAUUUUUUCAGAGCUUGUGUACCCCUACCACUGGGCUACCCAAUACUUUCCUGUUUCUGGCCUGAGGGGUGUCCCUUAUUCUCAGCUGUCUUAUGGAAUAAGAGAGAACUGACAGAUCUGAAUCCAAUGACUGAUCAAGCCUCUCCUAGUUCAGGUUACAGGUUUACCCACUUUGCUAAGUUUUCUCUUACGUGUCAUCCCUUCAAGUGGCCUACUUCCCAGAGAGGAAUUAUUUUCCAGAAUUCUGUCCUUAUAGUUUCACAUUAUAAGAUAGUCACACAUGUCUAGUCCUGUGUUAUGGCUGUUGGGGAUACAAAAGCUCUUUGCGUUUCUGAGAUUAUAUAUGCACAUGAAAAAGGAAGUAACAAUACCAAGAGCUACUUGAGUACCCAUCCCAAGGAUUUAAAGGGCCUCUCCUCCUUUUAAAAAAAACGUCCUUGAUAGAUUUUAGGCCUGUGGUGUUUGGGAAUUGUAAGACUGAAUUUGAACAGAUAACCAGUUUGGGAUUUUAGCCAUCUUGUCAAGUUGAAUUCCCACUCCUUUGCAAGAAAUCUUUGCCAAAGCUGGACUGAUUGACCCAGCCAAUUAAAGACUUUACCAUGCUGCACCCACAGCCUCAAAUUUUGUCCAGUUUUCUAAUGGUCACAGCUGCAAAGAUCUCUUCCCUUUGCAAUUGAUCUUGAGAAUAGCAUUUGAAAUAUAUCUAAAUGUUUGGGUGCAUAUCCUAAUGUAUUUUUUAAGAAUAGGUAGGAAGAGUUGCUACCUAUUUCCAUUGUCCAUCCCUUUCUUGCUUGUAGGACAUGUUGGAAAACACUAGCAAAACUUCCCAUCUGGAGAUUGCGCUGGGGGAACAAUCCAAUGCUUCUUCUUCCAUUGCCUCAUGGUGUUUGAGGCAUUCGUAUGUUUGAUAGGUGGGCAGCAAGUGUUGUGGAACUUCCCAUGGAUUGGUUAAUUGUCAUGUAUACUUACAAACUCUGUAAUUAGGCAAAGUAUUUAUGCAGUUUUGAGGUUGAAUUUCUCUCCUUUGCUUGUUCUUUUGAUGGUCAUCUCUUAUUUAUGAUGCAGUAACUGUGUUUUUGACUGCAGGAUCUGAGCAGUGGUGAAAUAAAGCUAUUUUCAAAUGUGCAAAA